AUGCAUCUACUUAAAUCACUCAGACAGUCUAAUCUGGAUAUACGACUCCUAUGGAGUUCGGUGUUCUUCCGUAUGGCCAGUUAUGGUCUCACUAACCAAGUGCUCACACUUUAUUUAAAAGCCAUUGAUAUAUCUGAAGAGCGAAUCGGGAUAUUCAUGACGUUGACGUUAAUUGGAGACACACUCAUCUCAUAUUAUCUUACAUGGAAUGCAGACAAGAUUGGGAGGAGAGUAGUGAUGAUUAUUGGAACCGUGAUGAUGUUUGGUUCGGGGAUCACGUUUGCUAUAAGCUCAGACUUUUAUGUGUUAUUAGCUGCAGCUAUUGUUGGGGUCAUUUCGCCCUCAGGAGAUGAGACAGGGCCGUUCAAGUCAGUAGAGGAAGCGUCUAUUGCGCAUUUGACGCCGCAUAAUCACCGCCCAGAGAUUUUUGCGUUCCAUGGGUUGUUUGCUACCGCGGGUGCGGCCUUGGGAUCGUUGGUUUGUGGGGUUUUGGUGGAUUAUAUGAACCAAGCGUGGGGAUAUGAGAUGGAACAGUGUUACAGAUAUAUUUUCGUGUUGUAUGCUGGGUUCUCCUUGAUCAAGUUGACAUUGAUGUUGUUUUUAAGUAACAAGUGCGAAGUUUACGUUGAUAAUUUCAUUGAAGAGCAAGACAAAGAUAGCGAUGAAGAGUCACCAUUAUUAGUAGAUGCUACUCCAGACGAAGAGAUCAGCUCUAUUAAGUCAGGAUUGUCCAACACUACUCGUUAUUACUUACCUCGUUUAUUAGCAAUUUUCAUGCUUGAUUCGUUAGGGUAUGGAUUCAUGCCAUCGGCCUGGGUGGUUUAUUACUUAAAGAUAACAUUGCUCCUAAGUGCCAGUGCAUUAGGAACGUUAUUCUUCUUUACCAAUUCCAUCAAUGCCAUUUCAUCCUUGCCUUCCGCAUACCUUGCCAAGUUGUUAGGUCCUGUCAAGGCCAUUUUGUUUACGCAAGUUCCUUCAGCGAUUUUCUUUGGCAUGGUGCCAAUUUUCAAUACUUAUUUACCUGUUGCUGGGUUAUUGAUGUUGUACUACACGACAACUACCAUGGACGUUGUUCCUCGUCAAGUAUUAUUAACUUCCAUCAUGCCUAAAGAGGAAAUCACCAAGGUCAUGGGGAUAGUCAACAUCGGAAAGACAUUUGCCAGAUGCAUCGGCCCAAUAUUCACAGGGAAAUUAGCAGCCCAUAACAAGUUAUACAUUGGAUUUUUCAUCAACAGUAUCUGUGUCCUUUUGGCAGAUUUGAUCAUGGCUACGAAUUUCCUCCAUUUAGACUCGGAGAUUCUACAAAAACAGUCAAUUGAACAUCGUAUAGAUUAA